AUGCUGGAGAUGAGUGGCGCCGAUGUUGCAGCAGAGGCUGCCGACGUCACCACUCGUACGCAGGGCAGAGUUGACAACCUGGAGAGCAAAGUUUCAGGCCUGCCGGACGAGGUAGAGCAGCUGGCUGGGCUGCUUCGAGCCGCCCUCGGAAAGUUAGAGAAGGAGGGAGAGUCCGGCGGCGCUGGGGUGGGCGCCGUCGUUACGGGCGCUGCGCCCACCCGCGGUACCCAGGAGGGGGCGCCGCAAAACGAGGGAAUCACGCCGCCCUCAGACCCGGCGGUUGGGCCGGGUGGCGGACGUGACAGGGGAUCGCUCCCCAAAGGUGAGACAACCGAGACAUAUGGCGGUGGUAUUGGUGGUUUCGGCGGACUCGUCGGAGAAGGAGACGGUUUUCACCAGAACCCGUAUAGCAAAAUGCGUGUGUCAGUGCACGCGCCGCGUCUCGAAGAUAGCCAGGGAUAUUACUCGUGGAGGAGGGCCUUUAUCCAGGCUGCUAAAACGGUAGACAUGGACGGCCAGUUCGUAGGGGCCACGGAACGCCAGUCGGACGUCGGGGACAUGAAUAAACCCAAAGCUACGUUGCUGGCAGAGGGGAACUCCGAGGCGCAGAUCCACCGCAGCCUCCAAGCUUUCCACUUUCUGUCCUCGGCCCUGGUGAGGGAGCCAGACAAGGCCGUCUUCGAGAGAUGUGUGACGCCGAAGCAGGCGUUGGAUGAACUCGACAAGGUGCACAACCCGGAAUCGCAGGUCGCCACACAGGAGUUGCUCAGCAAGUUUCAGAACUUCGCAAUGCCGGCCGACAAAAACCCGACCGAAUCGCUUGUCGCCAUGGAGCAACUCGCAAGUCGUCCGAACGAGAGGGGGGUCAAAGUCGGGGCUUCUUACGUGCUGUCGCUCUUUCUUUCGGCCCUACCGGCCGAGUAAGACCAUGCCAAAUUGACUCUGCAGUCCGCCCCGACUCUGGACCGGGGGGAGGUCAUCAGAGUGGUGGGCUCCCAG